UCGACGGGGGUGUUUUUUGAGAGGUCUCGUAGCUUUGCGCCACUCAAGGAAUAUAGCUUUCCCAGAAGCAGCAUCUUUUCCAGACAGUCGGACUCGGAGCCUGUUGAAUUCACACCUAUCAGUGACGACGCGCGAGCGCGCGCCCUGUACGGAGACGGCGACGCCGACGCCGGGAGACGCGGCGGCACGUGGAGCAGAGCGCGCGGGUGCUCGCGCUCCUCGUGUCACGUGACCGCGCGCCUCUCCGCGAGUGUCUGAUCGCUCGGAUCGUUUGAAGAGCCGCGCGCCGCGAAGAGCCGUAAGGAUGCCGCACCAGUACCCCACUCUUUCUGCCGAGCAGAAGAAGGAGCUGCAGGACAUCGCCCGCCGUAUUGUGGCCCCCGGGAAGGGGAUCCUGGCUGCCGAUGAGUCUGUGGGCAGCAUGGCUAAGCGCCUGAAUCACAUCGGUGUAGAAAACACAGAGGAGAACCGGCGCCUGUAUCGGCAGAUCCUGUUCAGCGCUGAUGAACGCAUUGACGGCUGCAUUGGCGGUGUCAUCUUCUUCCACGAGACCCUCUACCAGAAUGCCGAUGACGGAACCCCCUUCGUCAAAAUGAUCAAGGACAGAGGAAUCACUGUGGGAAUUAAGGUUGACAAAGGUGUCGUCCCACUGGCAGGAACGAAUGCAGAGACCACCACCCAGGGACUUGAUGGACUGUCAGAGCGCUGUGCCCAGUACAAGAAGGAUGGGGCUGACUUUGCCAAGUGGCGCUGUGUGCUGAAGAUCAGCACUACCACACCCUCCCAGCUGUCCAUGACAGAGAACGCCAAUGUCUUGGCUCGUUAUGCCAGCAUCUGCCAGCAGAAUGGAAUCGUUCCAAUCAUUGAGCCAGAGAUUCUUCCUGAUGGAGACCAUGACCUGAAGCGUUGCCAGUAUGUCACAGAGAAGGUCCUUGCUGCUGUGUACAAGGCCCUAUCGGACCAUCACGUCUACCUGGAAGGCACUUUGCUUAAGCCCAAUAUGGUUACCCCUGGCCAUAGCUGCCCCAUCAAAUACAGCCCAGAGGAGAUUGCCAUGGCAACAGUCACCGCUUUGCGCCGCACCGUGCCCCCUGCCAUUGCAGGAGUGACCUUCCUCUCUGGGGGUCAGAGUGAGGAGGAGGCCUCCGUCAACCUGAACGCCAUCAACAACUGCCCCCUGGUGAAGCCCUGGCCGCUGACCUUCUCCUACGGACGCGCCCUGCAGGCGUCGGCACUCAACGCCUGGCGGGGGCAGAAGGAGAAUGCGAGUGCCGCCACCGAGGAGUUCAUCAAGCGAGCUGAGAUAAAUGGACUGGCAGCCCAGGGGAAGUACACUGGUGGUAGCGAGAGCAGCGGAGCCGCGGGCAAGUCCCUCUACGUGGCUAAUCAUGCAUAUUGAUCAUCCAGCCGGGCCCAGACUCCAGCUUUUGCCGACCAAAAAGUUCUUCCACUACUGCAACUGCAACUGUAACACCAACCAGUCACCGGCAUAUUCUGUGUUCAGUCUGUGCUUUAGAAUACAAUUAUAUAUAUUUCAGUAAAAUAGUAUAUUGAAUGAUUUACUGUAUGGUAAAUGAGAAGUGUAGACAGGGAAGAGAAAGGCCCAUUAGAGGAAAAAUAUUGAGGAAAAGGCACUUUGUAAUUUUUUGAUGCAAUAAAUAAAAUAAUCUUCCACAAUCCUUAUUCGUCAGCAGCAGAAAAAUUAAGAGCGUUCUCUAACGGAUCGUCUUUUAUUCUGUUUCCCUGAGAAAGAUGAAGAGUGACAGGUUUAAAAGAUGAGUGACAUCUCAUAAAAGGCAUGAGGUACAGUGUAGAUGUGCCCAUUUCAGUGUUGUUACUGUGUGUUACAUUGGACAGAAUCAUGACCAGACCAGCCAUUUCCAAGACCUUGAUCUCGAAUAAUAUGGGUCCUCUAAGCAGC